UUAAAAAUAACAGCUUUUAUAGCAUAAUAAUAUAUUUUUAUACCUUUCAUCUGAAAAGCGAUGAGAAUAUUCUAGCUCAUAGCUUGGCUUAUAUUAAAGGAAUAAAUAGUUUUCACUUUUCCAAAACAAAAGUCUUCUUAUAGCAACCUCUCUCUCAACCUCUCACCAAACUCAUCUCCUUCUCAACCUGCCCAGAAGCAAAAAAUGGAAGCGUUGAACAUUGAGUACAGCUCUCUCAAUCAUGAUCUAGCCAUUAGAAGGUUUUGUCCAGCUAGAUUUGAGGAAGAGCGAGGAGAGUGGGAGGAGAUAUUGAAUGAGAUUGAGAUGUGUUCACCUACAGAAACCACUGGCACUACUCCUCUUUUGGAAGCUUGGGAGAUCGAUGAGUUCGUCGACAGCUUCAUUAACAUGGAGCAUUAUGAUGACAAAGAGUCACCAGGAGAUGAUCAAGGUGGGUUGGAAAUGUUUUCCAUUGCCAAUGAUGGUGUUUGUGACAUGGAGAUCAGUGGCUCUCCAGGUGAGGAUGAUGUUGUUAGCCGUGGUUUGGUAAUGCCUAGUGUUGAAGAGGCUAGCCAUGGUGUGGACCAGGGGCUUCACUUGGUUCACAUGUUGUUGGCUUGUGCUGAAGCUGUUGGCUGCAGAGACACCCAACUCGCAGACUCAAUGCUGAACCAAAUCUGGGCUUCUGUUACUCCUUUUGGUGACUCUUUACAAAGGGUGUCUUAUUGUUUUGCCACUGGACUGAAAUCCAGGCUUUCAUUUCUUCAUAAUAAUGUCAAUACAAAUGGUACAUUUAUGAAUGGUGCUGCUGCUUCUAUGGAGGUUUCUUUGGUAAGUAUGGAGGAGAAAAUGGAAGCUUUUCAAUUACUUUACCAGACUACUCCUUUCAUUGCCUUUGGUUGUAUGGUUGCAAAUGAAGCCAUAUGUCAAGCUGCAACAGGCAAGGAUUAUCUUCAUAUCAUUGACUUAGGAAUGGAACAUACUCUUCAAUGGCCAUCUUUGAUUAGAACUCUUGCAUCUAGGCCAGAGGGUUCUCCAAAACAGCUUCGAAUCACGGGGCUAAUUGAUGAUGAUCAAAGCCUUGUUGCCGAGCUGGAAACCAGCAUGAAUGCUCUUGUGGAAGAAGCUAGCUCACUUGGUGUACCAUUAAAGUUCAGCCUUAUAUCUGAGCCAGUAACACCAUCACUUUUCAAUAAAGAAAAGCUGAACUUGAGAGAAGAAGAAACACUAUUUUUCAAUGGCUUCAUGCACUUGCACAAGUAUGUUAAAGAGAGUAGAGGGUCUCUAAAGGCAAUCCUUCAAGCAUUAAAGAAACUAUCUCCAGCUCUGUUCACAGUUGUAGAGCAAGAUGCAAACCAUAAUGGGCCAUUUUUCCUUGGCAGAUUCUUGGAGUCCCUUCAUUACUAUUCCGCUAUUUUCGACUCCCUUGAGGCCAGUCUUCCAAGAAAUAGCCAACAGAGGAUGAAGAUUGAGAGGCAUCACUUUGCAGAGGAGAUUAGGAACAUUGUGGCUUUUGAAGGCUCAAGUAGGAUUGAGAGGCAUGAAAGAGUGGAUCAAUGGAGGAGACAACUAGGCCGAGCAGGGUUCCAAGUGUUGGGUUUGAAGUGUCUGAGUCAAGCUAGGAUGAUGCUGUCUGUGUAUGGCUGUGAUGGCUACACUUUGGCAAGUGAGAAGGGUUGUUUGCUGCUUGGAUGGAAAGGGAGGCCUAUAUUGCUGGCAUCUGCUUGGCAAGUAAACAAUGUUCCUUCUUCCUAGUGUCUUGGAUAAUAUGUUCAGUUGUUUUUAUUAUGGCACAUUCUUAAAGUUGUUUUAUAUUAGAAAGACUAAUAAAAUUAUUUAUCUUGUAAGCUAUGUUGUUGAUAUACCCAAUGAAAAAAAAGCACAUGGUUUUGAACAAAUUAUUUGACAUAAACAAUAUAAUAGCUACCUUGACUCAAAGUGGAAAGCUUU